AUGUCAAAUUAAGAAAUAAAUGAAUUAAAUGCCUUGUAAGUGUUGGAUUAUGAUAUAUUUGGCAAAUGCAAUGAUUUGAUGUCUUUUAUCAAAACAACACAACCUAUUUUGAGUAACGAUCCUUAAAUUAAAGUAAAAAUUGGAGCGGUGGCAAAAUUAAUUAAUAUGCUUCUGAAAUUAUUAAAGGACUCCGAUAGCUCACUCUUAUCAAAUCAACCAGAGUAUCACGAUAUCAUAUACAUAAUCAAUAAUAACCUUUAAUGGAAAAUCAAGCAAUAUGAAGAAUAAAUAAAAAAGAUGAGCACAAGCGAUGCUUAAUCCAACAGUGAAAUUAUUAAUUUGAAAUAAGAAAUUUAAAAAUUGAAGGAUGAUGGACAAGCAAAAACAAAUGAAAUUGCCAAAUUAAAUUAAGAGAUAAAAGCGCUUAAACAUAUAUCCAAAAAUCAAGAAAAUUAGGAGGAUGAAACUUUGAGUAAGAUGCAAAAUGAGAUAGAUAGCUUAAGUUCGGUUUCUUAUAACUUAUAAAAUGAAGUCAAAUAUCUAAAAUUGUAACUAAAAUAAAAGGAAGAAAAAAUACAGGAUCAAGAAGGAAAAAUAAACUAAUAGAUGAAUUAAAUCAAUAGAUAUAAAAAUGAUUAAUCUCAAGAUAGAAAAAACGAUAUCUUUUAUGAAUAACAAUAAAUUUUCCAAGAUAAUGAUGACUUAAGAGAACUUGUUCAACAACUUGAGAAUAAAAGAAGAGCUAAAAGAAAAAUAAAUAAUGAGGAAGUAAAACAUUUAAGUCCUCAAGAAUAAGCAGUAUAAUACGAACAAUAGAAUCAGGAAAUAAAUGAAAUUUAAAAUAAGAUCUUUGGUCUCCUGAAUAGAUUGUCAACAUCUGGUAUUAUCCUCAGUGCUACUUUUGUAGCAUUUAUAUUGAUAUAAUAUUUAAAGUGA